UCACUGUAAAUAAGUCUAAGCGCUCAACUAACCUCAAACGCUGGACUUUUGUGGUGUCAAACUUGGCCAGAACCAAACUAAGCUAACGAGCUAACGCACAUAGCCGUCAUUUAUUAGGAGAAAAGCGAACAAUGAAGACCUGAAGCUGUCUGUCUUGUGUUAGACCCAAACCACCAAAGUGAAUUAGAGAAAACUCCUAAAAGGGAACAAAGGUGUAGUUGUGGGUUUUAGGAGGGGAAACCCUCCUGAACAUUGUCAGCUUUCAUUGUCAACUUCCCUGGGUGACAAUGAUGGCAACCCAUGGUGGCAGCGAGGAGCCUGAUCCCUUUUCGGUGGUGACCCGAAUGGCUGGGGCAGGAGGAGAUGGGACCACGCAUUUACCAGCCUGUCGUGGUCAGGGGAUACAGAUCUCGGACCUGGGCUCAGCUUUGUCCGUCCAUACCACGGUUUUACCACCUAAACAGCCUCCUGGGGUCACAUAUUCUGUAUUUGGAAAGGAUCCGAGACCUGGAACAGUCAUGUUUGCCUCAAAGGCAGGUGGUAUUAGUGCUGGACAUGUUAUAUUGGGGUCUUUUUCAGGUGUUGGGAGGGGGAUGCCAGAUCCUCCACAUGAAGGUGCUGUCGGUCGGAUACCAUCUGCAUCGCUGAGUCCUGAGGUGUGCCUGGCGGCCCCUUCGUUUCUUCCACUGGGCAUCGUUGAAGAAGGUGAUGCUCUGGAUGUGCAGGAAAUUGGGGAGGAUGAGGAAGUUGUUUUAACCCUCACCGCACCACCUCCUAAUCAGUGGUAUCAUGGGAAGCUGGACCGGAUGAUCGCAGAGGAGCGUUUGCUUCAGGCCAGGACGGCUGGCAGCUACCUUAUCAGGGAGAGUGACCGCCGACCCGGCUCAUUUGUGUUGUCUUUCCUUAGCAUGACCAACACAGUCAGUCAUUUCAGGAUCAUCGCCAUGUGUGGAGACUACUACAUUGGAGGCCGUCGUUUCUCCUCUCUGUCGGAUCUGAUUGGUUAUUACAGUUACGUGUCCUGUCUGCUGAAAGGAGAGAAGUUGAUAUCACCAGUCGCCCCUCCAGAGCCUGUUGAAGACCGCAGGAGGGUGCGAGCAAUUCUCCCAUACACCAAAGUGUCUGAAACUGAUGAGAUCAGUUUCUUCAAAGGCGACACAUUUAUAGUCCAUAAUGAACUGGAGGAUGGCUGGUUGUGGGUGACUAAUGUCCGAACAGAUGAGCAGGGUCUUAUAGUCCAAGACCUGGUGAAGGAAGUGGGACGUGAAGAAGACCCACAUGAGGGGAAAGCCUGGUUUCAUGGCAAGAUCAACAAGCAAGAGGCUUACAACCUACUGAUGACAGUUGGGCAGGUGGGCAGUUUUUUAGUGCGCCCGUCUGACAGCACACCUGGGGACUAUUCGCUGUACUUCCGCACCACUGAGACCAUCCAGCGCUUCAAAAUCAGCCCCACACCCAGCAACCAGUUUAUGAUGGGAGGCCGAUACUACAACAGUAUUGAUGACAUCAUUGAACACUACAGGAAGGAACAGAUAGUUGAGAGCCACAACCUUAAAGAUGCUUUAUCUGUCCAACACCAGGAGCAGGUGCUUACUGACACCGUCGAAGGCAAAGAAAUCUACAACACCAUCCGUAGAAAGACCAAGGACGCUUUCUAUAAAAACAUUGUGAAGAAAGGAUAUGUCCUGUUCAAUAAAGGAAAAGGAAAAAGAUGGAAAAAUCUAUAUUUCAUCCUUGAGGGAAACGAUUCCCAGCUGAUCUACUUUGAGAGUGAGAAACGAGCAACUAAACCAAAGGGUUUAAUCGACUUGAGUGUGUGUUCUGUGUACGAGGUCCAUGACAGCAUGUUUGGCAGGCCAAACUGUUUCCAGAUAGUUGUACAGCACUUUAGCGAGGAGCAGUGUAUCUUUUACUUUGCUGGAGAGACCCCGGAACAAGCUCAGGACUGGAUGAAAUGUCUGCAAACCUUUUGUAGUAACCUUAGGAAACCCAGCCAGCCCUGCUCAAACAAACGCCUGCGUCAGGUCAGUAGUUUAUUUCUGAAUGUUGAGGAGGCUCACCACCUUCCUAGUAAACAUUUCACAAACGCCUACUGCAACAUUUACCUGAACAGCAUUCAGGUAGCCAAAACCCAUCCGCGGGAGGGCCAGAAUCCUGUGUGGACAGAGGAGUUCAUUUUCGAUGACUUAUCCAGUGAAAUCAACAGGUUUGAGAUCAGCCUGAGCAACAAGACAAAAAAAAGCAAGGAGAAUGAUAUUUUGUUCAUGUGCUGCCCUCUGUGUCGGCUACAAAGGGGUCAGAUGAUUGACGAGUGGUUUCCUCUGAGUUCCCACGUGCCUCUGAAGAACGUGGCGCCCAGCUCACUCCGGCUGAGAGUGCGCUACUCUGUGGAGAAGAUCAUGCCCGUGGAGGUGUACAACGAGUUGAAAGAGCAGGUUCUGCUGAAAGAGUUGCACGUGAUCAGUGCUUUGGCCCACGUGUGUGGACAGGACCGCACUCUCCUGGCCAGCGUUCUGCUCAGGAUAUUUAGACACGAGAACCUGGAGGCCCAGCUGCUCAGAGAGCUCAAUGACCGUGAGAUCAGCGCUGAAGAUGAAGCGACGACUCUUUUUCGUGCCACCACUCUGGCCAGUACUCUGAUGGAGCAGUACAUGAAAGCUACAGCCACUCCAUUCGUGCAUCACGCUCUUAAAGACACCAUCCUCAAGAUUAUGGAGUCUAGACAGUCCUGUGAGCUCAAUCCAUCUAAACUGGAGAAGAAUGAGGAUGUGAAUGUGAAUCUCGCUCAUCUCCUGAGUAUUGUGUCUGAGCUGGUGGAGAAAAUAUUCAUGGCUGCUGAAAUCCUCCCUCCGACUCUCAGGUUCAUAUAUGGAUGUUUACAGAAAGCUGUACAGCAGAAGUGGCCCAGAAACACAACCAUGAGAACUAGAGUUGUAAGUGGAUUUGUCUUCCUCAGAUUGAUCUGUCCUGCUAUUGUCAACCCCAGAAUUUUUAACAUCAUUGCAGGAGCUAAUGUCCCAGUGCUGCCUGAACCCACAGAGCACUUUAACACUGACCUGGCCCGUGACCUCGCUGCCCUACACCAGCUCUGUGUCACGCACUUAGAUGAGCUGAGGAUACUCAGUAAUGAGAGGGGCGCGCAGCAGCACAUCUUGAAAAAACUCUUGGCAGUCACUGAACUUCUGCAGCAGACCCAAACUCAGUAUGCAGUGACCAACAGCAGCCGAUAG